AUGGCUAGUGUGCAGCCUGGUCACUCUCAGGGCGACCUGCUCGACGACGAAUCACUCCUGGACGAUGACUUGAUUGAAGCCGACCACGAUAUCGAGGCCGACGACCCCCUACACACAUCCGACACAGCUCCCUUACGAGGCAACAUCGCUCCCGAGUCGAGCUCUCAAGGCACCCGCGCAGAUGGCUACGGCAAUUACCUCACUUCCUCAAUCCCCGGCGAAGAUCGGCGAGCGACUCAAAACACCAUUGAUGAAAGCGUCUGGGAAACACUCUCGCGCGAUUUGAUCGCCGUCUGGGAGAAAAUGCGCCAGGUGCUCUGGCCCAAGUAUCUGCUGGGUGGCAUGUUGCAGCGCGGUGGUGGAGGUAUGGGCGAUGCAGCGGAGCGAGGUGAAGCAAUGACUGGGUUUGGUCGUAACCUGCGCGGGCUCGUGGGUCGCUGGCCUGACGCGGAUAUGGUACUACAAGGCGGUAUGAGUGAAGGGUUGCGUGACUGGGAUCUUUGGGGUCCGCUGGUCUUUUGUCUCAUUUUGAGCUUGUUCCUUUCUAUCGCCAAGGGUGAUCAAGCGUCUAACGUCUUCUCCGGUGUCUUCUGCAUUGUUUGGAUAGGAGAAGCAGCUGUUACAUUGCAGAUCAAGCUGCUUGGGGGCAAGAUAUCCUUCUUCCAAUCAAUCUCCAUCAUUGGGUACACACUAUUUCCUCUGGUCAUUGCGGCGCUUCUCAGCGCUCUCAGACUACCAACAAUUGCCAGAAUCCCCGUCUACCUUGUCUUGGUGGCAUGGUCUCUGGCGGCUGGCGUUAGCAUCCUGGGUGGCUCGGGCGUGCUGCGCAACCGUGUUGGCAUCGCAGUAUAUCCACUAUUCGUUUUCUAUAUCGCAAUCGGGUGUCUCUGUUUCAUUAGUUAA